ACAGCGGCGUUGCUGAAAUACUCUGGUUGAGUUUCGGUUUCCAGUUUGCAGAAACGAUCCCGAACAUUUCUGUCCGCAGAAACAGCUGACAACCCAGCGGCCGCCGCCCAGACUCCGGUUCUGGUGGGAGAAAGGACAGCUGGACGGCGGUAAAGCGAUGGAAUCCGGCAUUUUGCAGUUCAUCUGCGCCAAUCAGGGUGUCUGUGAUGCAGAGUUUUUGAAAUAUAAUCUCUUUUUUGGUGACUCUAUUAAUGAGCACCUCUCCAACCGCGACAAGUUUGAGUUGUGGUUUUUAAAUGGUCAACAAAAAGUGUUGGCCAGGACCAGGCUGAAGCUGUGCAGGCAGAGGAGCUGUCUGGGGACGUGCGGAGGCCUUCACCUGUGCAAAAACCUCCUCUUUACUGGAUCCUGCUCUUUCUCUAGACAGGGACGGGUUUGUCACUUCUCCCAUGAGUUGGACUCUGAACGCAAUCAAACCCUGCUGAGGGAGCACGGCCUGGAGAGUCUGAGCCGGGCCGAGCUGUGCACGCUGCUGAUGCAGAGCGAAGCCUCGCUCCUGCCCUCUAUAUGCCAUGACUACAACAAUGGCGAUGGAGAAUUUGGAAAGUGCACAGAGAUGGAUGGUUGCAAACGGCUUCACGUGUGCGAGGUUUACCUGACCCAGGAGUGCAGCUGCUGGAAGACCCACGACUUUAACGCUCCUCAACCGCUGAGGAAUCUGCGCCAUCAUGGGGUGCCUGAGUCCCUCAUUCCCUCAUUGAAGACCGUCUACAUCAACAAACGAGCAUUGUGGUUGGCUGACAAAAGAGCCCAAAGGGGCAACAAUCCACCGUCUUUGGGCCCCGGUGGCGGAAAACCUGAUGAUGGGUCAAAUCAGCAGAGAAGGACGUUCCAACCGAGGGGCAGAGGUGGAAACAGGGGAAGCAGAGGUGGAAGGGGCAGAGGGGCAGGAAGAGGCACGUAUAACCGUCAGGCCAGAGAGCGAACAGGGUCACUUGGCGACAUACUCGCCAACAUAGACACCUUGGAUCUUUACGGGGUCGGUGGACUGACGGAUGCUGACGGUCACCUCAGCUCCUCCAACAGCGACGUUUCCGUUGCUACCAACGACACAGAUACAAGCAGUCAGGACGGUCAGAGGAGACGUGGGCGCAAUCCCAACAACCCGUCAAGGGGCGUCAGAGGCAGAGGUGGCAACAGGGGGAACAGGAGCAACGAUCAAUCUCUCCCAAGAUCUAGAUUCACGCUUGACUCAACCGGUGCCACCAACAGCUCAGGGGGAAAUGGUGAUGGGCUUCAGAGUAAAGUAAAUCCCUCCAGAGAUAAAACUGAGAUUUGCAUGUACUUCAUUAAAGGAUUCUGCAAGCAUCAAGAAAAAUGCUUUAAAGCUCACGAUGUGAUGCCAUACAGAUGGCAGAUCCUGGAGGGGGAUCAGUGGACCCCCCUGCCUUCUAACGAGGGAAUUGAGAAGGACUACUGCGAUCCCCAUAACUCCUACAGCACUAGCAGCCCACUUGUGCAUUUUGACACCAUGACCUCCGGAGAGAAGAAAGUACGGCGACUCUCGACACUAAAUUCAUUGAUCGAACCAAACUUCAUCCAUACCACGGAAUGGCUUUGGUACUGGCAGGACGAGAAUGAAAAAUGGAACCUCUUUGCUUCUGAUUUCACCAAUCACAAAGCAGCAGACAUCAACAGUGCACAGCUGGAGAGGAAAUUUCUGGACAACAGCAGAGACGUGGUGGAGUUCACUGCUGGAUCAAACACAUAUUCUCUCAGCUUUCAGGACAUGAUACAAACAAACAAGCGCUAUGGUACCAAGAAGCUUGUGACCAGACGCCCUCGAUUUGUCUCAGCUGCGGAGGUCAAAGAAACCAAAAAGAGGAAGCCUCCAAUGAGUUCAGUGUCUGUUCCAGACCAUUGGGACAAGAAACAGAUCCAUGAGAGUGGAUUUUCGAAAGUCCAGCUCCAGCGCUCUUCAGAGGAAUUUAAGAGGAUGGAAGCACUUUUCUCUGCUACUAUGACUGGCUUUGACAUCACAAAGAUAGAGAGGAUCCAGAACAAAUACCUGUGGGAAAUCUUUCAGCUGCAGAAAAACAAGAUGAAGACCCACAACGGCGGCUCUGAUGUGACGGAAAAGCUGCUCUUCCAUGGUACUGACAACAAAUACAUAGACGCCAUCUGUCGGGACAACUUUGACUGGAGGAUCUGCGGCUUAAAUGGCACAGCUUAUGGCAGAGGUAGCUACUUUGCCCGGGAUGCCAAAUACUCACACAACUACACGGGGGAUAAUCAUCUCAAAACCAUGUUCAUCUCUCGCGUGUUGAUUGGAAGCUACACCACAGGGUCUUCUGAGUACUGUCGACCUCCAUCCAAAGAUGGUGGAGACGUGAACUUCUACGACAGUUGUGUGAACAACAUCCAGAACCCCUCCAUUUUUGUUGUGUUUGAUAAGCCUCAGAUCUAUCCUGAGUAUCUGAUCCAGUACAGAACCACACACCCUCUUGUUAGUAUGGCAAGUCAAGCGUCACUGUCCACUCAAGGUCCAAAACCGACAAUGCCUCCAAAGCCCACUGUGCACCAUAGCAGCAGCGCGUCUGUUUCGAGCAACCCGUCGCCUUAUCACCAUAGCUUGUCUAUGUAUCACUCCAGUACGUCAUCGACCCGACCCACUUCGUCCUUUCAAAACCCGGCGUCGGGGUAUGGAGCAAGUGCUUCGUCGUACGCAUCCAGUACGUCAUCGACCCGACCCACUUCGUCCUUUCAAAACCCGGCGUCGGGGUAUGGAGCAAGUGCUUCGUCGUACGCAUCCAGUACGUCAUCGACCCGACCCACUGCGUCUUCGUCCUCUCAGAACACGGCGUCGGGGUAUGGAGCGAGUGCAUCGUCGUACGCAUCCAGUACGUCAUCGACCCGACCCACUUCGUCCUUUCAAAACACGGCGUCGGGGUAUGGAGCAAAUGCUUCGUCGUACGCAUCCAGUACGUCAUCGACCCGACCCACUGCGUCUUCGUCCUCUCAGAACACGGCGUCGCGGUAUGGAGCGAGUGCAUCGUCAUACGCAUCGUCAAGCACAUCCAGCACGUCCUCGUCUACACUCUUCCAGACCAGUCCAGUUCACCAACCCUUUCAAGAUUCCUCCACUUUCUCAACAAUACCAAGAGCAAAACCAGUGAAAAGACAGCAGGAUUCUUGUGUCGUUGCUUAAAAACAAAUGAAGAAAAUAACCGAACGCAUUGAUGAGCAUUUUUCCCUCUUAGUGUCAUCUGACAAGUGUUUGCUUUUGAAGUCAAGUUUUUCAUAAACUUACUGCAUUUCUGUUGAUCUUUAAAUGUAGCUAAUAAAAAGAACAAAGAAUCGUAAAUAAACUCGCUCACUAAAAUUGUGGGAAUAACUCCGUAACGCUGAUGUAGGAGCUCUACUCGCUCUGCCUGUUCAAGGUUGAGAUGUUGGCUCUUCGUCGCACUUUGACAUACGGCAAAGUGAACAAAUACGCGGACGUUGCCUCUUUUGCCUCCACCAUGCCAAUAUGAGCAGUGGAGGGUGACUCCAGAAGACUCAACCCGUGUCGUUGAGUCUCUGAGCACGCGUGUAGCGCAACGUCUGACCACAAAAGGUUCGUCCUAUAAAAUUUAUCGCAAGCGUCAGUGAGCUAAAUGAGACGGUAAAAGUCAAAGGUUAUCGUGCUGAUUUAGCAAAGUCGCAAAACUUUCGUUGUGUUUGUACCCAAGACGCCACAGGAUGCUGGUUACCAUGACAGCAGAGCAUCGUAAUACACACCUGAGGUUGAGGGAAAUGGAAAAAUGUCCUCUGACCUAACUGUGUCUUUGGGUUUCUUUUUUGUUUUGUUUUCCCUUUACCCCUUCAAAGGGAUAACUUUAGUUUAAGUUUCUGUUGCAACACUAGCUUUCAUUGAAGAGAACCAUACUUCCCUAAGCAGCAGGGGGCAGUACUGUCAAUCAAACAAUUAGCUAAACUUUUCUUGCUUCUAAUCUCCAAUUUUGGGUUAAAUCAGAAUUUCUUCAUAGAAGUUGUUCAUUUUGUGUUGUGAACUUAAUGUGGGAAAUUGUUUCUGUAGUUUUGUCUGUGUUUCAGACUUAAAUGAAAAGCUCCAUCAGUCAGAAAGGGCUUUUAGUGAAAUGGGAUGCCUAAACUUGAUCAAUAUAGCGGAUGGCGCUCCCUGAUGCACGAGGCAUUAUGCCAACAAAACAAUCAAAAACACGAGUCCUGCUGUGUUUUCUACAAAAAGGCCAUAUUAGCCACAUGACAGCGGCUGCGUUUUUGCACCGUCAUUGCUUAUAGGCUGGGCGCAAUCUAUUGGAAACCACUUAAUCACAGAAGCAAAUGCAUCAGUCUAAGUGGACAAGUUGUAAAUUACAUUAACAUCUUUAUAUGAAUAUUCAGUUUAGUGUGUUGGGUUCAGGUUUUGCUAAAAUUGUUGUGUUUGCACCAAAUCCUUUUGGAAUAGUUGUGAUUUAGAUUUUAAAUCUGGGUUUUUUUGUAAUGAUUUCUACUAUGUGGCCGAUUUUGAAAAUAAACGUUCUAAAUCCUA